AUGGGACUCAUCAUUUGUCACAACAUUCAUUCUAAAAAUAAGAAAGUCUCUUUUGUACAAGAUAAUGCAGACUAUUAAUAUAGACAAGGUUAGAAAUAAAGUUUAGACCUACCAUAUAGACACUACAUUAACAAGAGUAACUACAUUGCAAGUAUAUUGCAUCACGGACCUGGAAAAUUUAAUUAAAAAGGAAGUGUAAAAUUAAUGAACGGAAUAGGCCACAGCUCUAUUAUGUAAAGAAGAUUCUUGGAAAAAAUUAAUUUGAAUACCGCUUACUUUCACUCCAAACCACUCGUAAUCAUGAAUUCGUAAUGA